GAGCUCCCGCCGCCAAGCCGCAACCUCGCGCGAACUUUGUCCGGCACCGACAAAAUUUCGGCCCCGCCAACCACCGGACCCAGCUCGACCUCCCCCCCAUAGCCAAUUGGCCCGAGCCAAAUCCAAAAGAUGGCGUCCUUCUCCAGGGGCUUCGGCCCUCGACUACUACUCCUCGUCCGGCAACAAGCCCCAUCCGAGUGCGCUAUGACACAAGCACGCCAACUCCUCCGUGCCCGCUUCUCUACCGCUCGGAUACUCCAAAAAGCCGGUCGAUCACACCGACUAGCAAACAAGCCCUCUCCUAAACCAAAGCCCGCGGCGGCGGCUCCCAAGGCGGCCAGCCCGAAGCCCGCUCCCAAAACAGCACAGGGCAAAGCCCCGCCCAUCCUCGGCUCCGCGACAGCGAUCCCAGCCGCCCGUCCCAUCAACGGGUACGCCGAACAACUCGCGCUCAAGGGCCGCACGCUUCUGUACGAGUCGCCAUCGCACUUCUGGUUCCGGGCGGGCUGCUUCUCGUCCGCGAUGUUCUGCACGUCGUACGCCGUCUACCAGUACUGGAGCGUGAUCCUGCACCCGCUCGAUGGGCUGAUGUGGUGGAUCCCGCACGCCUUCGGCGUCAUCCUGGUCUUCAUGGCCGGCAUGGGCGCCUACUUCGUCACGGGCGCGGGCCGCAUCGUGCGCUCCAUCGAGGCCGUCCCCGCCACCGCGGUCACCGCCGCCGCGAAGCAGCUCGCCGGCAGCACCACCACCACCGGCCCCCUCUACAUCCAGGUCACUACCCGCCGCAUGGCGCCCUUCAUGCCGGACAAGAAGCACCUGCUCCAGCCGGAGCAGGUGCUCCUGCCGUUCAGGAUGUACAGCGUCUUUGGCGGGGAGAUGGGGGCGCCCGGAGCGCUGGGCCAGAAGCCCAUGAGCAUGGCGGAGAGGGUGCGCAUGGAGCGGGCGGCGCGCGAGGCCAAGAUUGCGGAGCGCAAGUAUACCAUGGACCACCUCAUGACGGCGCCGUUCCGGGACGGGCGGAAGGCCUUCAGCGGCGCGUGGGACGGGAUUGUCCGGUCGUUCAACCGUGGGGGGUUCGCCAAGAUCCAGCUUGGGAAGGGGGAGUAUAAGCUGGAUGUCACGGGUGGCUGGGCGUUGGAUGGUGGGAGGGCUAUGGACAGGCUGUUGCCGGUGAGGCCGAAUGCGAUUCGCGCGAGAUGAGGGGGGGUGUUUUGAUACCGUGGGUGGGUGUAUGAUGGCGGCGUAAACCUGGCUGGGUGUGGUUCUCGAAAAUACAUGUACAACAUCUGGCGGAAUGCUCUCGCGCUGCCUUUACAUGGUUACCACUUUCCAUCUACGUUCGUUCACUGCUAUGUGGCUUCUAUCCGUCCUUAU